CAGCUCCUGCAAGGGAUAAAGAUGCGAAUCAGGCUGAGGCCGCGCACGAACACAGAUACCCAGAACCACCACCGCGGCGAUCCCAGUCCCGCAUCAAUCCCAUCUCGGGCGACAGAAGAGGGCUCCCGGAAGCUUGGAGAAACAAAGCAGCAAUCCCACAAAAAUCACCGUUCGAGGCCGGUUGAUCUUCCCCCCUGGACCCCCCAUGAGUGCGACCCCUCUCGCGUCCGGGGCACGCACUUCCGCUUCACGCCACUGCCCCAGGGCUCCACCCCCGCCCUCCGCGAGCCAAUCGGAGCUCGGUGGCCUGUUCUGGGCGUACAUAAGGGAGCUCGACAGGGUUUGCUUCCUUUCGGAGAGCAACUACCUAAUCUGCGAAUACCACCGCAGGAGCGCGAGCUGUCGUCUACCCUCUCUUCCAUUCACCAUUGCAACCAAUAAAAGCUGUUCUUACUGUGACACUGAAUUUGCGGAUCUUCCCUUGAGCUCAGGCCUUGUAGCAGUUCAGAGUGCACUUAAAGGCAAGGUUCUUAGGCUGACCUUGACUUUGCCGGGAAGUCCGGAUGGCUGCGCUGCGCCGAAAACUCCUACUCUUGGGGCCCAGCCGCGCCUUGGCGGGUUCCCUGGCCGGUAGUUGCCUGGCAGACCGCUGCCUCUGGGAUCAACUCCAUGCUCAGCCUCUGGGCAAUGGCCGUACCUUUGACUGGUUCUUUGGAUACGAGGAAGUUCAGGAACUCCUACUAUCACUACUGCAAAAGGCACCAGCUGCCUCUCCACCGCGGGUGCUGGAUGUGGGCUGUGGGACCUCAAGCCUAUGCACAGGCCUCUACACCCAGUCCCCAUACCCUGUCAGUAUUCUAGGGGUGGACUUCUCCCCUGUGGCUGUGGCCCAUAUGAACAACCUUCUGCAGGGUGGCCAAGGUCAAACACCCCUAUGCCCUAGGCACCCUGACUCCUGCCUCCAAUUUAUGCAGGCUGAUGCCCAAAAUCUGGGGACUGUGGCUGCCUCAGGCUCCUUCCAGCUAUUGCUGGACAAGGGCACCUGGGAUGCUGUUGCACGUGGUGGUCUGCCUGGAGCUCACCAGCUGCUAUCAGAAUGUUUGAGGGUCCUAAGCCCCAAAGGGACCCUAAUUCAAUUCUCAGAUGAGGACCCUGAUGUGCGACUGCCCUGCCUAGAGAAAAGAUCUCAUGGUAGGACUGUGACUGUGCAGGAGUUAGGCCCUUUCAGGGGCAUUACCUACUUUGCUUACUUUGUUAAAGGCUCUCAUUAAAGAUUGUCUUAACCAUA